AUGAAGCAAAGCAAAAACAGACCCACCGGUCACCGCCUCACUCGACCCUCACUCUCGCAACAACAACCAAAAAGAGGUCGUGAGUUGAGAUUCAGAGGAAAAAUCGAUAAUGUUUUUUUUUUCUUCUGCUCUUGCAAUGGACCUGUGAAAGAAUGGAAGUGUGAAGAAGAAAUCGAGAAAGGAGCUGUGAAGAGAGGAAAUUAA